AUGGCUCUGCCUCCUUUAAUACAGGUACAUAACACAUAUCGACCUUACCCACAUCACCACAUGACUUCAUCGCAGAGAAAGUCACAGGAGCACCCUGGCCACUGCUACAGAAACUACUGGGAGCUCCUUGAAAACAGCUGCAGGUCUGUGUAUCAAUCUAGGGUAAAAGGGAUCUUUUGGGGUCAUUUACUAAACUGAGAAUUACUUUGGUAUUAAAUUUGCACUUCCUACUCCCUCUGCCAAUUAGCUACAUUUUCCAGUUUAGUCAAUAGCCCCAGGAUUAUUAACUAAACUGAGAAUUGUCACGAUUUCAAAAGGGAAUAGCAAUGCUCAGACCAAAAUAGCCAGAGUGGACAUUCCCAACAUAUAUGUAUGCAGCUCAGCUAUUCUGGCCUUAAAUAUUACCUAAAUAUAUGACGAAUCACAAUUUAGUAAAUAAACCCUGUAUAUUUGCAACGUACAUAGGUCAACAUGAAUGGACCCUACAAUUUUAAAAUUGAUUUUAUAUGUAUUGCUUAUGUAAAGUUUGAAAUUCUGCCUUUUCUGCACUUUAUAAUGUUCAUUUUUAUUAUUGAUGAUGGUGGAUGUAUGGAACAGUUUCUGGCGGAGGAGGAAAUAAAAUACAUUAGGGAUAAUUCAUUAAACAAGGAAUUGAAAACCCUCUUGCAAUACUUAGGCAAAAAUCACCUUGCACUAACUAAUGCUGAGUUGCAGAUUUUUUUUUCCCCAAUUGGCUAAUUUGGUACAAACGUUGUAACUUGAUUUCUGGUACAAUCAAAAAAAAUGUUAUAGUGCCAACCUAUUCCGCAGUGCUGUACUAUAGGUAAACAAGACAAACACUUAAUUCUAACAAAAUAUGAUUCAUAUACUGGAGCAGUAGGUAAAAAGGGCACUGCUUAAAUGAGCUUACAUUCUAAAAAUUCACUGUCAUAUACCGUUAAGUAAUACUUACUAACAUUUGCAAUGGACACUAAGGUCCUCUUUGGUUUUAAGGGUGUGAGUGGGAGUGUGACCAGGGGUGGGGCUGUUGUGAAACAUAUUUUGUAAUUUACGAAUAACAAGUUAUGCAACUAAAAUUUAAUAUAGAAACAAAAAUAAUGCAUAUUAUUUACACAGACUGAUUUCUAAACACAUUUAUUGUAUUUUAAAGACACAUUGCUGUAUUAUUGCUCUGUUCUACUUUCAAAACCCAUCAACAAUAUGGAGCUUUUAGUAGGGACUGUCUUUCCUAAAUGGUGACACUUGGGAACUUUGGUUAAGCGCGUAAGUCUUAAAAAGUGAAGUAACAGUGACAUUUUUGUACAGGAUUUCUCAAAUGUUGGUCCAUGGAUUAUCAGAAUUCCUGGCCUAGAGCUUUUCAUGGUUGUCCUCGGAAUUCUGACAAUUAUAGAUAUUCAUAUCUAUGGGUAAUAUCCAUUUUCCUGGCACUGCAGGUCCCCUCUCCCUCCCACCACCCACCCCCGGUAGCUGAAGGGGUGAAAACCCCUUCAGGUCACUUACCUGAGACCCUGCCGAUGUCCCUUGGCGGUGGUUUCUACUCGCCGCCGCUCCUCCCAGUGAUUACGUCAGCCGGUAGGCGAGACUGAUCCCGCCCGCCGGCUGAGGAAACCUAAUGCGCAUGCGCGGCAAUGCUGCGCAUGCGAAUUAGAGCUCUCCAUAGGAAAGCAUUGAAAAUGCUUUUUAAUGCUUUCUUAUGGGGAAUUGAGCGACGCUGGAGAUCCUCACACAGCGUGAGGACGUCCAGCGAUGCUCUAUCACAGGUUUCCUGUGCUAUGGACACUGAAGUGCCCUCUAGUGGCUGUCUAAUAGCCACUAGAGGUGGAGUUAACCCUGCAAGGUAAUUAUUGCAGUUUAUAAAAAACUGCAAUAAUUACACUUGCAGGGUUAAGGGUAGUGGGAGUUGACACCCAGACCACUCCAAUGGGCAGAAGUGGCCUGGGUGCCUGGAGUUUUAAAAUAGUCGAAUUUGAAAUCAGUUCUGUUUUCAGUUUGGCUAUUUUAAUCUUAAAUUUGAAAUUAAAUUUGAUUUCCAGUCAGUUCUCACUUUAGUGGAUAACGCUGUUGGUGUACAAGGUGGAACUGGUAGGAACCGUUUAACACCUGGAAAUGGGUUGUAGUUUUGAAAGAUACUGACUUAUUUGAUUAAAGCAAGUGGUUGGAUGUUUCACAAAUAUAUUUGUCUGUUUCACUGCCCCACCCGCUACAACUGCAGUUUUAGUGAAAAGUAUCUGGUCAUAUUAUGGUGUCUAGCUCCACCAAGUUUCUCAGGAAAGUAUCCCCUGUACAUAUUGAUAGGCAGCACGUGAAAAGUGCAAUUUUAUUGUAUGUAGAAUUAACCGAUUUUGGUGGGACAGUUUUGUGGUCCUGUUUGCUAUCCCAAUGAAACACCUUAAGAGUCAUGGAGUGUCAAAGUUGCCCAAUACCCAGUAGUGCACAGCAGAUAAGUAUGUCUUUUAUGUACUUCCGCUGCAUAAUUCACCUAAGUAAAUGCUUCAAUAGCGAUAACUGGGGUGAGGAGUCAAGCAACUGUCACUUCCAAUGAAAUAAAGUUUUCAUUUAAAAUCACAAAGCUUUGCACUGGUAAAAAUUAUUCACUAUCACUGUGGAGGUUAAAAGUGGAGCACUGCUAUUUUUUUGCGGAGGGGGGGGGUUAUGUGUAGCAAUUUUAUUUUUCAUUUUUUUACUUUACAUAGAAUUAUAUUGGCGUUUUGAGAAAAGAAUAACUGUAGAUUUCUUCUAGCCUCAUUUUGCUCUCUAAACUUCUGUAAAUAUGCAUUUCUUACAACAAAUCAGUUCUCUAUUUAUCCAAAAGUAAGAUGGCUUGGCCAGAUACAAUAUUUUGUAAGAAAAAAUAUUGUGAGAAAAUCAAACCUGGAAGGGGUGUGAAUAUCUGAUGCCAAUAAACAUCCAAUGGUAGGUUCUGAAAGUUGCCAGUCCCCUACAGACCAAACCCAUUUUAUCAUCUACAUUGUUCUAUGUUUUCCUGUGAAUCAGAGGUCACCCAUGUCUAGUACCAGCAACUGUUUGCUUAAUACUUUCAUUGCAAUGUGGAUUAAUGCCGUGAAGGUCCAAUGAAAAAUAAAUUCCUUUCUAUCAUGGCAUCCCUGGAAUUUAAUUAGCUCUAAAAUGUUGAAGCAUAUCUGCAGACUGCCAUUUAAUGGUAACUGUUUUACUGAAGUAUCAAUCAGAAUAUGUGCAUCCCAAAUCAAGAUCAUAUUUUCUGUUUUGUGAAAACUUUCACACAUUAAAGGGGAAGUCUAAUGAUCAGAACUGCUUUAGUGUAUUGUAGUGGUAAUAGUGCAAGGACUCUGUGAGUACUGUCUCCACAUUUUCUUUCAGCCUGCUCAGAUAAUUCAGAAGAUUUAUUUCCACAUUAUCUUUCCAGAGCUAUCUUUAGACAGAAAAGAGCUGCAAAUAUUGGAUACACGGUUGUAUAAAACCAUUUGUUUCAGAUGAUAAUUAGUGGCAUAAAGUCAGGUUGUGCAGUCGUAGAUCUCUUAGCCAGCCACUAAUUGAACUUUGAUGGGUCUUAAACUAAUUUGAUGCAAAUAUUAGUUUGGAAUUAUGCAGAAUACCUUAUGCAGUAUGUAUGUAAUUCCAGUCUUGUGUUGCAGAUCUGUCAACUUGGGAUGGCAUGUAACAUAA